AAUUUCUUCAAAAUCCCCAAAUUACCCUUCUUUUCCAUUAUUUAACGAAACCACUAGUCAAGCAACAAUCUUGGGUGCUCUCUGUCUCAUAAGUCAUAACAAUGGCCACCAUGUCCACCUUCUUCACCAAAGCCACCUUCCCCUCUUACACUCUCAGAAAGUCACAAAUUUGCCAUUUCGCUCCUGCUCACACUCUCUCAAUCAAGCCCAAAACUGCGCAUUUCAAUGUCCGAAUUCGCGCCGCGUUGAUCGAACCGGACGGCGGCAAACUGACGGAACUCUUCGUGGAGAAAUCUUUAACGGAUGUUAAGAAGAGAGAGGCCUUAAGUUUGCCGAGAAUUAAGCUUUCCAGGAUUGAUCUUCAAUGGGUACACGUGUUGAGCGAGGGGUGGGCCAGCCCACUCGCUGGAUUCAUGAGAGAAUCCGAGUUCCUCCAAACUCUUCAUUUCAACUCGCUCCGUAUGGAUGACGGGUCGGUUGUUAACAUGUCCGUCCCGAUCGUUUUGGCGAUCGACGACGACCAGAAGCAGCGGGUCGGUGGGUGCACCCGCGUCGCUCUCGUUGACUCAGAUGAUAACACAGUUGCGAUUUUGAGCGAUAUUGAGAUCUACAAGCACCCCAAAGAAGAAAGGAUAGCCAGAACAUGGGGAACAACCGCCCCUGGUCUACCUUAUGUUGAUCAGGCAAUAACUAAUGCUGGAAACUGGUUGAUUGGAGGUGACUUAGAGGUUAUAGAACCAAUCAAGUAUCAUGAUGGUCUUGAUCGUUUUCGGUUGUCACCUGCACAACUUCGUCAAGAAUUUACAAAGCGCAAUGCCGAUGCAGUGUUUGCUUUCCAGCUCAGGAAUCCUGUGCAUAAUGGCCAUGCUUUGUUGAUGACUGAUACUCGUCGGCGGCUCCUUGAGAUGGGUUACAAGAACCCAAUCCUCUUGCUUCAUCCAUUGGGAGGCUACACAAAGGCAGACGAUGUCCCCCUUAGCUGGCGAAUGAAACAACAUGAAAAGGUGCUUGAAGACGGUGUUCUUGAUCCAGAAACCACUGUGGUGUCUAUAUUUCCUUCGCCCAUGCACUAUGCUGGUCCAACUGAGGUGCAGUGGCAUGCAAAAGCCCGGAUUAAUGCUGGGGCUAACUUUUACAUUGUUGGUAGGGACCCUGCUGGCAUGAGCCAUCCUGUUGAGAAGAGAGAUCUAUAUGAUGCUGACCAUGGGAAGAAGGUAUUGAGCAUUGCUCCUGGACUAGAGCGGCUAAACAUCCUUCCUUUCAAGGUUGCAGCAUAUGACAAGACUCAAGGUAAAAUGGUGUUCUUUGAUCCGUCAAGGCCUCAGGACUUCCUCUUUAUAUCAGGCACCAAGAUGCGAACACUGGCAAAGAACAAAGAGAAUCCUCCUGAUGGGUUUAUGUGCCCUGGUGGGUGGCAAGUGUUGGUGGAAUACUAUGACAGUUUGUCUCCAUUCACCGACAACAGCAAAGUCCCUGAACCAGUUCCAGCUUAGAUAAAUUUGCUGUUUCAUAUGUAUUGUGAUUCGAAUGGGAGAAACGUUACAACUUAUUUAUCUCCAGUGAUCGUGUAAAGAAUCUCUGUCCAGAUUCUAAUAAAUCCAUGUGAGGCGCUGGUGCAGAGACUCAAAACUUGCCUCUCAGUCUGUAAUUAGAUGCCUAUUUUGGCAUCUUACAUUCGCCCUUCCCUGCACGAGGGACAAUGUACUGUACCAUAUGUGGUUUGUGUUUCAAAGGACAAAGAUUGUUGGCUGCUUUUUAAGUUUUGGAAUUUUCCAUUGAUGUGUAAGCCAUAUCCAUGGAUUCGAUUUUAAAACAGACAUGGAAAAAGCUAAAAAGCAGAUUGUGCAAUUUAA